AUGGUCAACAUCCUCGCCGUGGAUUGGCCACAACGCCUGCAGGCCGGGCAGGGAUUGGGCAGGAGGCCGCCGAGAGGGCGGGUCGCGCAGGGCGGUGCCCGGGCAGCCCCGCCGGAGGAAGAUGGCGCCGUGAGGGGGUCGGAGCCGCCGCCGCCGCCGCCCCGGCCGGUCUCGGGCGGGCGGCGCUUCCGGGGCCCGGGCGGGGGCGGGCCAGGCGCCUCGUCCCGCCUCCCCGGGGAGAGCGGCCGCUGCCGCCGGGCGGGGGGGGAGGGGGGGGAGGUGGACCCCGGUACGUGGCGGGGGUGUCCCGGUUGGGGGCUGUGCGGUUGGAGCCCCGAGGCGUUUCUCGGUCCCCGCGUGCCGCGGGAGCUGCGCUUUGCCCCGCUCCGUGUCCCGGGGGUUGGCCGGGCUGGGAACACCCGGAGCAGAUUGAGCGACAGCAUGGCUGCGACUGCCGCCGUCAGCCCCAGUGAAUACCUGCAGCCAGCUGCCUCCACUGCCCAGGACUCCCAGCCGUCUCCGCUCGCCCUCCUCGCAGCAACAUGUAGCAAAAUUGGUCCCCCAGCAGUGGAAGCCGCCGUGACUCCUCCUGCCCCUCCUCAGCCAACGCCUCGCAAACUUGUCCCCAUCAAACCUGCUCCUCUCCCUCUGGGCUCUGGUAAGAACAGCUUCGGGAUCCUGUCGUCGAAAGGGAAUCUCUUCCAGAUCCAGGGCUCCCAGGUUGGCACCUCCUACCCCGGGGGGCAGCUGGUUUUUGCCAUUCAGAACCCAACUGUCAUCAGCAAAGGGACUCGCUCAUCUGCAAACAUCCAGUACCAGGCGGUGCCCCAGAUCCAGGCUGCAGGGGGACAGACCAUCCAAGUCCAGCCCAACCUCACCAACCAGAUCCAAAUUAUUCCGGGCACAAAUCAGGCCAUCCUCACCCCAUCCUCAUCCUCUCACAAGCCCGUGCCCAUCAAGCCAGCACCGGCGCAGAAAAGUGGAGCUUCACCAGUGCAGGGCUCAAGCAACGUGGUCAAGUUAACCGGUGGCAGCAACGUGACUCUUACCCUGCCCAUGAACAACCUGGUGAACACCACAGAGUCGAGCACGCAGGCUCAGGUCAUUGCAGAGAGCCCCUCAAAGCCUGGCAAAAAGACUCGAAAGAAAGCCAUGUCACCCAGCCAGCCCUCCACCGUGGCCGUGGCCGAGCAGGUGGAGACAGUGUUGAUAGAGACGACGGCAGAGAACAUCAUCCAGGCAGGGAACAACCUGCUGAUCGUGCAGAGCCCGGGCUCUGGCCAGCCUGCCGUGGUGCAGCAGGUGCAGGUGGUGCAGCCCAAGCAGGAGUCGCAGGUGGUGCAGAUCCCACAGCAGGCCCUGCGUGUGGUCCAGGCUGCCUCAGCCACGCUCCCCACCGUCCCCCAGAAGUCCUCCCAGAACAUCCAGAUCCAGACGACAGAGUCCACUCCUACGCAGGUCUACUUCAAAACACCAUCGGGUGAACUGCAAACAGUGCUGCUCCAGGAAGCCCCGGCCGUGACGGUGGCUCCUUCCAGCACCUCUUGCAGCAGCCCCGUGUCCCGCAACUCUGGCACGGUGACCAGCAGCAAGAAACCAACCGCACGCAAGGAGCGCCCGCUGCCAAAGAUCGCGCCCGCCGGAGGAGUCAUCAGCUUGAGUGCAGCCCAGCUGGCAGCUGCAGCACAGGCCAUGCAGACCAUCAACAUCAACGGAGUGCAGGUCCAGGGUGUGCCUGUCACCAUCACCAACGCUGGAGGCCAGCAGCAGCUGACUGUGCAGAACGUCUCUGGCAACAAUCUGACCAUCAGCGGCCUGAGCCCGACUCAGAUCCAGCUGCAGAUGGAGCAAGCGCUGUCCGGGGAGAUGCAGCCAGGGGAAAAGCGACGACGGAUGGCGUGCACCUGCCCCAACUGCAAGGAUGGGGAGAAGAGGCCUGGGGACCAAGGGAAGAAGAAGCACAUCUGCCACAUCCCCGAAUGCGGGCGGACCUUCCGCAAGACCUCUCUGCUGCGUGCUCACGUGCGCUUGCACACGGGUGAACGUCCCUUUGUCUGCAACUGGGUCUUCUGCGGGAAGCGUUUCACACGCAGCGAUGAGCUGCAGCGGCACGCGCGCACACACACAGGCGACAAGAGAUUCGAGUGCGCGCAGUGCCAGAAGCGCUUCAUGCGGAGCGACCACCUGACGAAGCACUAUAAAACCCACCUGAUCACCAAGAACUUGUAGGGCUGGGAGCCACGUCUUGAACAAAGCCCUUGGGGGGGUCACGGUGAGGGGCCGCCGGGCACCGACCUGUCACCCCGCCGCCCUCGCAGCACUCCAGUCUCCCCGGGCCGCCCUCUGAGGGCAGCCGUGUCCCCUCCAGCACAGCCCUCGGGGACAUCCUCUGCCACCGUGUGGGCCUCCCGCAGAAGCAGCCCUCGCAGAGGGGCCGAUCCCCUCGUGGAGCCGUGGGGCAAAGCACCCGGUAUGGCCCCGGCACAGCGGGCACACAGGGGUUGGCACAGCAGGGGCUGCACCCUCCGGUGCGGGCGGGCCGAGAACGCCUCCACAGCACAUUCCUACUUUAUAUUUAAAAUCUAUAAAUAGUUAUAAAUAUCUAUAUAAACCCCUUUGGAAGGUCCCUUUUUUUCUAUGGAGAUCGUUGCCUUACGCUCCCCGCUCCUGAUUACGAACACUGUGUAUGGUGAGUGCUUUUUUUCCCCAUCUUUAUUUAAUUGCCCCCUCCUCAGACCCUGCCCUCCCCUUCUCCCAUUUCUUUUCCCCAUUUUCUCCCCUUUUUCCCCCUUUUCUCCCCCUUUUCUGCCCUUUUCUCUUCCUUUUUUCCCCCUCUUCUCUGCUUUUUUCCCCUUUUCUCCCCCUUUUCUCCCCCUUUUCUGCCCUUUUCUCUUCCUUUUUUCCCCUCUUCUCUGCUUUUUUCCCCUUUUCUCCCCCUUUUCUCCCCCUUUUCUGUCCUCUUCUGCCCUUUUCUCCUCCUUUUCCCCCCUCUUCUCUGCUUUUUUCCCCUUUUCUCCCCCUCUUCUGCCCUUUUCUCCUCAUUUUCCCCCCUCUUCUCUGCUUUUUUCCCCUUUUCUCCUCCUUUUUCCCCUUUUCUCCUCCCUUUUUCCCCUCUUCUCUGCUUUUUUCCCCUUUUUCCCCCUUUUCUGCCCUUUUCUCCCCCUUUUUCCCCUCUUCUCCCCUUUUCUCCCUUUUCUCCCCCUUUUUCCCCUCUCCUCCCCUUUCCCCCCCCCUCUCCUGCGUUUCUUUGCCAGCAAUGAAGGUUUCUUUCUCUCUGACGAUUUCUUUCUCACUCCUUUCUGUUUCCAAGUGACGUGGCACUUCCCUUUGAAUCUUGGGACUUUAAUCUCCUUUACGUCCUCCCCCCCCACCCCGACUGUGUAUAGUGUACAUUGUAUCAUAGAUUAUAUUGCUUUUGUGUUUACCGCGUUGAAAAGAAAAAGAAAAAGGAAAAAAAAAACCAACAUAUGGCUUGUUAUUUUUGAGCUUUUAAAUUAAAACAGAUCCACUUUAUUUUUUAGUUGUAACUGCCCCCGGUUGUUUUCUGGAUUGUGACAGAUCUGUUCUAAUUACCUGUAACCGGUUGGCCGGUGUGGAGGCAGCCGGGAGCUUUUCUUGCUCAAUAAAUUUGGUCGCCAGAGGCAAA